AAUAUAUUAUUGUCUUUGUUAGGUAUGGUAAUUAAUACGUAUUGUAUUACGUACCUAUACAGUCGAAGGCUGUAUGUAUAUAAUAAUACCAUACGAAGUGUUCAUUAUCGGUUGGUAGAUGGAUUCAGUGUAAAGUACGGAGCAUGGAGAAAUGAACAAUUUUUUAUGGCAUGUUGCUCCAAAAGGCUUAUUAAAAGUCAAAACUAAUUCUGCUUUGGAACGCUAUUAUUUUAAAAUGCAAAAGACCAAAUUACGAAUGAUAGCUGAAAAAUUAGAUAUAAUUGCAAGACGAGAAGAAAUCAAAUUAAUGAGAUGGCUCGUUAAAGGCAAAAUAGAAACAUGGGACAUAAGUGAUUCUCUCGAAAACACCCCCGUUAUACGCAAUAGACUAGAGGUAGAGAGAUUAUUGGAAUUAAACAAGAAGCCGUAUAAAAAACCUUAUCAGCAUCCAUGUACAAAAAGACUUGAAAGACAGAAUUUUAAGAAUCUUACGCCGGAAGUUGAACGAUGGGGUAUAAUAUUCAGGGAAGUGAAAUUCGGAGAAAGUUUUAAUGUCGAUCAUUACCACCAUGGUAGACUUUUAAAACGAAAAAUAAAAGAACAUAAGAUAGAAACUGGACUAUACUUGCGACGAUCAAACUUCCAACUCAAAUUAAAAGACGAAAACGCAGACGCAAUGAAAAAGAUUCCAGUAAGCUCCUUGUUGAAUUAA